CUGAAGUUAGGAUCAGAAGGCUACUAAAAGUCACCUUAUUAGAACUUCAUACGCUCUUAUGCACUCAUAUUUUGUUUUCCUUCUCUGGAUAGCCCACUGUGGACCAUGCACUGCCACUAGACCCCUCCCAUUUCAGCAGAUUAAGGACCACUUCUGGGAGGGGCUAGCAUGCAAUGCCAACCUCCACUCAGGAGAGUACACUGGUGCUGAGAAAGAGGGAGGGAGAACACAGGUGAGGAAGGAAUGAGAGGAGUGUACUCUGUGGGUCAGCCAUGGAUGACUUCACUACACGCACUUACGGGACAAGCGGCCUGGAUAACAGACCACUGUUUGGAGAAACCUCUGCUAGGGAUAGAAUAAUCAACAUUGUAUUUGGAGGACUGACAUCUUUGCUAGUACUCGUAACUCUCAUUAGUUCAUUUGUAUUUCCCACGCUACCACCUAAGCCGCUGAAUAUCUUCUUUGCCAUCUGUAUCCUCCUCGUGUGUGGGUCAGUCUUGGUUUUGAUAUACUGGUACAGGCAGGGAGACCUGGAGCCCAAGUUUCGUAACUUGAUAUACUACAUGCUCUGUUCAAUCGCUCUGCUAUGCAUUUGUGCCAAUCUGUACUUUCACGAUGUGGGACGUGGUUGACUGAGCAAUGCCUUAUAAGACUCUACUAGAGCAUGAACCCUUUCUGUGUUGCACACGAAUGUUCCAUUCUCUGUAGGGAUUCUAGAACCCCCAGACAGAGAACCUCUCUGCUCCAAAUUGAGAGUUCUGAGGUCUAGAUUGGAAUCUAGAAAAAGUGGAAUAUUAUUUUUCCUGUAGCCCCAUUUGGGGGCAGGGCCAGUCUGCCUUUUGGGAGCCAUGUGGAUGGACUCAACACACAGUUACAAAUUUAUGCAGAAACUGUAGCACUCUGGGAAAAUGCACAAAUCCAGCAUAUUGAUGACAGUAGACAGCUUGCUAAACUAUAUGCCAACUCAAGAGUUCUUGAAAAAGCCAUGGUUAUUAUACAUUUUUGUUUUAUAUUUGUACAUAACAAUUAUGCAAAAGAUGCAUUCCAAACUGACAUUAGUUUUUGUUCUUAAAUUAUUGGAAGAAUUAUGAAAUCAAAGCACUUGUAUGAGGACAGCAAACAGAUAUAUAGCUAGCAGAAUGCUGCUUCA